CAAAGUCGCCGAUAAGAACUGAUCAUCAUCCCCGCCUAUUAAAAGCCCUUUCGACAGUGUCGCAGACAAAGAACAAAAGGGUUGAUCACUGAGCAAAGCUUCUGAGCAACGAUGGGUUCUUUAAUGGCGGGUUGGGACUCGCCAGUCCUUGAUCCUAAGCAUGUGGCUUACCAGAGGAACAGAUCGUUCACCAAAGAGGAAAUAGAAGCUUAUUGGAGGUCGAAGAAGGAGAAGGCAGGGGAAGAGCUGCGGAAAACCCCAUCCGACGGCACUCGGAUGGUGUUCGAAGAGUGUGCAAGAAAGUACGAGAGGUCGAACUCGCUGCCGGCGGAGCUGGAAGCCGAGAUGACCCGGGAGAGACUCAUCAACAACAAAGGCUGGUGGACCUGGAGCAAUUGGGCAUUUCUGAAUGAACCGCCGGUAUAUGAAGGGAACACCAACAGCUACGCCUCUCAGUUUCACGUUGCCAAUCUCCACAAGUCGGAAGCUUGAGUCACUUGAAUUAAAGCUAAUCUGGGCCUGUUUGCACGGAACGAGUUGCUUAGCAAUCGUCGUUAGUAACUCUGUAAAUAUGUAUAUCUAUAUGUAUAUACACGUAUGUGAUAAGUACAUUCUCGGAGCGAAGUCUGUUGUCUGUUCAAGGUGUAGUAAGGACUUUCGAUGUGAUCUUGCAUGAGCUUUUCUUGCUAUCUUCUUGUGGUGAAGAAUAGUGAAAGACUCUUGACUUGAA